CGGAGCAGACCUGGCAUAAGCCAAGGACCUUGGUAAAUCAUCUGUCUGUCAUGUGAAUUGUACCUAUGCACAUGUAACUAUUGUGAUGCCAUGUCAAAAUGUCUCAUUGCUGUCAGGGUGUUAGGCCAGGUCCGGUGGUAGACAUGGAGGUCCGCAAACCCCAAAAUUCUACUGCUGUUUGUGUGAGAAGUUCUCUCUACAAAGCACUGGACGGGGAAAUGCCAGAUCUUGCCACAUUCAGAGUGGAAGAAGUAUAUAGGGACUUUCCCCCUUUGCUUGCACCUCUGGUGACCACCAUGGGCAUGUCAGCGGAAGUCCCAUUAGUUCAGUCAGCUUUUGGGGCUGUCCAGGCCGGGAGUGUGCUGUCAUUUCAGCAAAAAACACCAGAAAUGCGGGAAAUCAUCAACAUCCCAGAAGCCCCUGCCCAACCAACCCUUCCCAUCCAAGGCUAUAGGCUUGAGCCAACCACAUGUGCCAAUGUGUUAUCAGAGGAGGAACAUGUAUAUAUGAAAUCGCUACAGGUGUCAUUCCACAUGGCCCACAGGAUUGAAGCUGCAACACGGGAGCAGAGCUCAUGCCAGGAAUGGCAUCGACUGAGAAAGAUGCGAGUAAAAUCUACACGCUUUCACGAGGCAUGCCAUGUUCGCUGUCAUACAUCAGCUGAAAAUCUGGCACACAGAAUUCUGAGGGGGACUGUCAUGACGAAGGACAUGAGGAGAGGAAUCAAUAUGGAGCCAGUUGCCGUGACAGAGUACUGCAGUUUAAAAAAUGUCAACUAUUCACCCUGCGGGUUCAUUAUACACCCUGAUGCUCCAUGGCUGGGAUGCUCCCCCGAUGGAGUCGGGUUUGAUCCUUCUGAAAACCCACCAUUCGGCCUGCUGGAAAUUAAAUGCCCCAACAUCAAGAGUUACGUUGAGUGGCUCUUUGCAGCUUAG